CGGCCGAGCCCUGAGGGCUCCGUGCUGCGCGCUGUCUCCCCUCAGGCCGCCCCACAGGAGCUGCGGGACGCGAAUCCAGCGGCGCCUCUGGGAGCGAUGGAACCGCUGCCCGAGCUCUUCUCCAUCUUCCAGGGCGAGGUUGCUGCAGUGACAGAUUUUGGGGCAUUUAUCAAAAUCCCAGGCUGCAGGAAGCAAGGCCUUGUCCACAGGAGCCACAUGUCCUCCUGCCGUGUGGACAAACCCUCCGAGAUGGUCGAUGUCGGGGACAAAGUCUGGGUGAAGCUCAUUGGGAAGGAGGUGAAGGAUGAGAAACUGAAGCUCUCCCUCUCCAUGAAGGUUGUUCACCAAGGCACGGGGAAGGACCUGGAUCCCAACAACGUUUCCCUUGAGCAGGAUGAGAGGAAGAGACGCACCUUCAGGGAUUACACCAGCCAGAAGAUCACCCUGGAGGCCGUCCUGAACACGGUGUGCAAGAAAUGUGGCUGCAAAGGUCACUUUGCCAAGGAGUGUUUUGUGCAGCCUGGAGGAACCAAGUACAGCCUCAUUCCAGAGGAGGAGGAGGAGGAGGAGGGGGCAGCAGCAGCACGUGGAGGAGAUGAGAUCAGCCAGGCUGAGGAGCCUUCAAAAAAGAGGAGAAAGGAGAAGAAGAAGAAACACAAGGCCAAGCAAUCCUCGGAGUCGGACUCGGACAGCUCGGCCUCUGACAGCGCCGGAGCCGAGCCCUCCAGCAAGAGGCCCAAGUGCUCCGGGAAAGCCAGCAAGGCUGCCAAGAAGAAGAAGAAGAAGAAGAAGCACAAGAAGUAGCCCUGGGAUGAGCUGGGCAGGCUGGGCUGCUGCCACGGCCGUUCCCUGGCACAGCCAGCAGGGAUCAGCACUGCAGGGAUGGAGUUUCCUUCUGGAGCAGCUCAGGUGUGUGUGUGUGUUACGGGUGUUGACCUUGCUGCCAGCACAGCUCCAUGACAGCCUGCAGGGCCCUGCUGUGCCAUGCCUCGUGUCCUGCUGGAGCUGCUGCCAGCUCGGUGCCAGCCCUGCAGAGGUUGGGGUGGCACAGCCGGGCCCCCACAGCGCUGGGGACGGGGUUUGGUGGGACCCUGGCACAGAGCUGGGGGUUCCAAACCUGCCCCGGCUCCCUCGGUCUCUGCCAGCCCUGGGAGCGGAGGAGCAAGGAGCAAAUGGGGGAGUGGAGAUACUGGGAGUAAACAUGAACUGUGGAGUGUUUGCUGCCUGGAAAGGGAUGGAAAAUAAA